AUGCAGCAGAGGCUGAGAAGAUCCUUAACUAGGGCUAAAUUCAUAAACACUGCAUUGUUGGGAAGGAAAAGGCCAGUUAUGGAAAAAGUUAUCCAUGUAGCAGAUUUGGAUUCAGAUCAAACAAUCCAGCCAUUGAUAAAAGAGCUAGAAACAGUUACUACGGAAGCACGGCAUGAAGUGCUACAAAGUGUAUUGGAUAUAUAUAAUGAUGACGAAAAUGGUGACGAGCCUAUCCUCAUGAAGGAUUUCCACAAGAUGUAUUUAGAUGUUGCCUUUGAAAUUUCGUUACCUUCACAAAUGACCGUUUUAGAUGCUUCUCAACCAUGGAUGUUAUAUUGGGUCGCUAACUCUUUGAAGGUAAUGGCUAAAGACUGGCUCACAGAUGACGUCAAAAGAAAAAUCGUGGAUAAGCUAUUUGCUAUUAGCCCUUUAGGAGGGCCCUUUGGUGGGGGGUUGGGCCAAUUAUCUCAUUUGGCCAGCACAUAUGCUGCGAUAAACGCUUUAUCCCUUUGUGAUAACAUAGAUGGCUGCUGGGACAGAAUCGAUCGAAAAAAAAUUUACGAAUGGUUGCUAUCGUUGAAGGAGCCUAAUGGAGGUUUUAAGACUUGUUUGGAAGUUGGGGAAGUAGAUACAAGAGGUGUAUACUGUGCCUUAGCUAUCGCAUCGCUAUUAAAUAUGCUUACGGAUGAGCUUUCUGAAGGCGUAUUGAGUUAUUUAAAAAGUUGCCAAAACUACGAGGGCGGGUUUGGCAGUUGUCCUCACAUAGAUGAGGCACACGGAGGAUACACCUUCUGUGCCACAGCAAGUCUAGCUAUUCUGAGGUCUAUAAAUCAAAUAGAUGUAGAGAGACUGCUGGAAUGGUGUAGUGCCCGUCAACUGCAAGAAGAGCGAGGAUUUUGCGGAAGAAGUAACAAACUCGUUGACGGUUGCUACAGUUUCUGGGUAGGUGGCUCAGCUGCAAUACUCGAGUCUUUGGGUUAUGGCCAGUGUUUCAGUAAACAAGCUCUUAGGGACUACAUAUUGUACUGUUGUCAAGAAAAAGAGCAGCCUGGCUUGAGAGAUAAACCGAGGGCACACUCUGAUUUCUACCACACAAACUAUUGCCUUUUAGGCCUAGCAAUGACGGAGAAUUCCUACACUUGUGCUUCAAAUGAUCCUCCAUACAAGAUGAAGUGUGACUCAAACGACCAGAUUUCGUCAUCUGGACUCACUCAUGUCAACCCAGUUUAUGGUUUACCCAUGAAAAACGUAAAGAACUUUAUUGAUCAUUUUGAUUCCGCUCUCCCCUCCUGA